AUGCGACUAUUGAUCCUGUGUUUUUUACUCUCGUUUGUGUUACAAGUGCCCGGCAUUGUCGACAAUAAAAAAUUUCCAAAGUCCCACGGCAUCCCUGGUCGCGAAGUUAGCACACAUGCACUGCAUGUAUGUUGUCCUUUUUUGAACUGAAUCUCCAGGUCGACCACUUUUCAUUUGCAAAGCAGGAGAUUUAUAACAUGACAUACUUGCUCUAUAGGAAUCAUUCGGAAAAUGCAACAUCAAUUUUCUUUUAUACUGGAAACGAGGGCCGAAUCGAACACUUUGCGGAGCAUUCUGUACCUGUUAUUCUCAAUUAGGACUAAGUGUGUAUCCUCAUGUAGGGCUUCAUCUUUGAGCUGGCAGCCAGUCUCUCCGCCGUAGUUAUCUUUGCGGAACACCGAUACUAUGGAUCAUCUCUUCCAUUUGGAAAUGAGUCCUUCUCUGUACGUUUAAAUGUACACCAAAUUUGCUAUGCAAAAUAUCCCGCCAUUAAAUGUUUCUGCGUUGUUUACGCCUUUAAUCCUUGGAGCACUUUUCUCAGCAUUUUAAACUUAGACAUUUUAAAACCCAAACGUCCAUGACAAAUUAUUUGUAUAGUGUAGACUAAUACGUGUUAAUGGUCAAUAACUUCUGUCUCCACGCUCUACAUGUUAGCGUGAAUAACUUUUUCUACUUCCGUUAUUCUAUGCCUUGAAUUACCUAGCGGUAUUUUAUCUUAUAGAAGUUUGCGUUUAAAAUUUUCCUGCACUACUAUUGCAGUUUUCAACGUUCCAAUAGGACCGAAAGCGUUUCGGUUACCUGACGGCAGAACAGGCCCUAGCGGAUUAUGCCGAGUUUUUGACUGACUUCAAGUGUGCGAACCCAGAACUCAUCGAUGUGCCCGUUAUAUCUUUUGGUGGCUCCUAUGGCGGGAUGCUGACGGCGUGGUUCCGACAAAAAUAUCCUAACAUCGUUGCAGGGUAAUAUAGAAUGAGCCAUUUUGAUACCGCCUCUUUCGCCACAAUUGUUUCAUGAUUAUAUUUGCCAGAUUGCCCAUUUUCGCGUCCCUAUCGAAAAAAAUCUAAGCGGUUUUUUUCCGUUGCCUCAAGGGUAGAUUUGGUCGAGGCCUAAGGUGUAAACUCAUGUAAGAUCUUCAGAGGUGUAUUGGCAGAUUUCAAAUAAUUCACAAUAAAUAAUAGUAAUGCCUCGGUGGGAUUCGAACCCACGGCAGCAAGGAGAGGUUUUAGUACAGCCAACGCUCUGCUUGAGAUCAAAUAGUACGGGCAGAUAGUUACGUAUUUCAAAUUUUGACACUAAAGCCGUGUGUCUUCCUGACCACCCGUUAUAUCUUUUGUCUAGAAAGUAGAUAAACACGACCAUUCUGCGCGCGUCUACUCAUGUCCCAGUUAUCACAACCGCAUUCCGGAGUUGAUUUGGUUACUCUUCCUCAUUCACCAGUUAUGGCCUCUGCCGAGACGCCGAGUAGUUAUUACUAAAUAUUUAUCCCGACGUGUUAUCGCUGGCACGAUUAUUGUCCAAGUCCUUUAGGAUUAUUGCCGUACGGUGACUUCUUAAUUAAUGACAAUUCAUGCGUUGCAUUCCAGUACAAACUUGUACAGGCAGAAGGCUUUGGCUUUUGUUCAGUCCGAUUUUUUCCGAGAGUUGAAUUAAUACUCCAUGAAUGUUUCCCCUUAGAGGGUUAGCUGCCUCAGCCCCUGUGUGGCUGUUCCCAGGAAUGGCAGAUUGCAACGGUUUUCUGCGCGUUACAACCGAGACGUAUAGGCGUGCUGGUGGCGCUUCCUGCGUUGAUAUGGUCCGCAUGACCUGGCCUCUUAUCGACCAGAUUGGGAGCACUCGUAAGAAUUAUGUGUUUGCGUUAUUCAAUAACCUUUUUUCUAUAAUUAUCACCCUCUUGAUAAUAAAGUACGUGCAAGCUUUUAACUGGAUCUACUAGUGCAAAUUUUGCUCAGGCCUUUUCUUUCUUUAUCUCUUAAAAUAAUGGGUUUAAAUUGUUUGCCGUGAACGAGACUUCAAGCAGGAAAGAGAAAUUAUGCGACUUUAUUAUUCCAUCUCCACGUUGGUCUGCAAAUUAAAUAACCGGGAUUAUACUCUAAACCACAUGAUGGACUGAACCGCCACAAGUUUCACCAUGCAGCCGACGUUUCUAACUAGUAUUGAUGCACAAAGUUUGUUGUUGGUUUUUUUGUCGUGCUCGGUAGUAUUUUCCUUGAAAGUUUAUUUACAGGUUGAGGCCGAUCAUGAUAGUCCCAGUUCUGAAAACACAACACUAAGUUCGUCUAUUAAUUUCAGAGGGAAUUACAAAUCUCACAGCACUGCUUUUUGUGUAAAUGAGAUCGUUUUCACUUGAUGCCUUGCUGUCGUUCGUAGUCAGGCGCAAAAAUCCUCGAAUUCGAUCAACAGUACGUAGCAGCGUGUAAAAGCAUUACACCACCCAGUCGACUCUUGUAACUUGGAGGAAGGUCACCUCAAGGAGCAGCUUUUUGUUUCUUCCGCCUUAGUUCUCACUUCGGGGCAAGAUCAAAUGCGUGAUGCAUGAAAGAAUAGGGGAGAAGAAAUCGGCAUCUCUUGAACGCUUUGCUCUUUGUCGCAUUGUUAGAUGCUCUUUCUGAUCCAGCUUUCCUUUUACAGCAGAGGGAUUGGAGGCCUUAUCGCGUGUUUUCAAAACCUGCGCGCCGAUCCCCAAUGCCACUGCUCUCUAUGACUUUGCAGAGGACUUUCUAAUUACAAUGGCGAUGGCCAACUACCCGUAUGAGAGCUCGUUUCUGGGACCACUGCCUGCCUGGCCCGUCACGGUAAGUUGUACUGCUGAGCAGACGCUCUCAUAAAUGAGACUGACAUCUAUGCCGUGAUGCUGGGAGUCGAACUAGGGACUGCGAAACCUAGGUAGAGAAGAUAGUCCGACUUACCCGACCCUUUCCCCUCCCCAGCUUCCUUCCCUGCUGAUCCAGUUUGGUGGUGAUUUGCGGCGACACUACUUAAUAAACUCGCUAAGACUUACAUGCUUUGACCAUCUGUGGCUUGGACUUGGGUUCUUAACUCGGGGAAAAGGGAGGACGUCGGUUCUUCAAAAAGUUGCUGAUCGAGAUAGGUCUGAUCGUUUUACAUCGCCUUUACAGCGGACGACAUAGCACUGCCAAUUGACCGCAUUUGCCAGGCAUCCACGUUGGGUUUCAUUAUUUACUGUCAUCGUAGCCCCUAAAAGAUCCCUGGGGCACAACAAUUAGUCAACACUCAGUCAACAAUUAGUCAAUUAGCACAACAAUUACUCAUGUCUUGCACUGCUGUUUGGUAGUUUUGUCAGGUAAAAUAUUUUUAUUGGUUGGGUCAGAUGGAAAAGACUGGGCAAAGUAUUAUGCCAACCCAAAAAGUUCGCCGUCAUCUGUCGACCGCACCCAACUCCGAGAUUUGCAACCCCCGGAGCUCAUAUCCGCGCUGUGUUGGUUAGGAGUUCAGCGCACUAACCAUUGAGUCACGGGCCUGAUAUCAUGUCGAUUACGAUCAGGGACAAUAACUAUGGUAGAAUUACGUUGCCGACAAGGACAAGGGAGACCAGAGUGGCCAUUUCUGGCCCAUUAGUUGUCGUCAGCCAGUCAUACCCAACCUCGAAGUGUGGAACACCUUGAGCUCGAUCUCGCGACCUGUUGGUUAGAAGUCGGUGAGCGCCCUUUGCCACUGUAUAUUGCCGAUCGCAAUCGACAGGACAACGAGCCCGUGGCUCAGUGGUUAGGGAUCGAGCCACAGGUGUUUCGCAGUUCGGGCUUGGGUAUGACUGGCUGACGACGGCUAAUAAGACAGAAAUGGCCAUUCCAGUCUCCCUUGUCUUUGUCGCUAAUAAAAUUCCGCCUAUAUCAUGCGCCGCUGUGCGGCUGCUGGUUGGGCUCGAGAGAGAGCCCGCUAGACACAAGGUGAGCGCCCUCUACGAUAGUAACUAUAGUAGCGAGCCUCGCUGGUCGUGCUACGGCACCUAAUCGUCCUGUCGUGCUUAGGGACUCGGUCUAGAGCGCCGUAGGCAGUCUCACAGCAGAAAGUUUCAUGCAGAAAGUGUUACUCUAGGCACAACGGAACGAGUAGGUCCCAUAACACCAUCACCAAGCGUUAUUUAGCAUAUUUAUUAUUAUUAUUCCCGGUCGCAACCGACAAGACAACAAGCCUGUGGCUCAGUGGUUAGGGACGUUGAACUUCUAACUGACACAUCGCGGAUUCGAGCUCCUCCCCCUGUUACGCACCGCGGGCAUGACUGGCUGAUGAUGGCCUACAAGCCAGGAGUACCCGUCCCAGUUUCCUUUGUCGGGACUCCUUUCAGCACAUCUGGUCUCUAGCAUUGUGGGUGCCAGCCGAUGAUCCGAUGAAUUCUGACCGAAGUUUUGAUGUUCGUUUCCAUGCUACUUGGCCAAUUUCGGUAACGUGUUUUGAUGCUUUCACAAUUUUGACACGCCAUACGGACAUUGACACUUACUAGCACUUACCAGACAGUUACAUGCUUGCUGCAUGUAAAUAUUUAGCCAAAUUUAUUUCCAGAUUUCUUCAUGUAUUGGUGUUUUUCAACGUUAUUAUAACCAGCAGAGAGUCCAAAGACGUUCAUCUAUCUCUCUUUAAAAAAACUCCGGACUACGCCACCUCGGUCUCAUUACCUACUUUCGGCUGGGCCUUGCUUGAGGUCUAGCCAAGAUCCGACUUUUUUUCUUGAAUGCGGUAGGUUUUUGUGCUGGAGAUUACAGUACUGACUUCACCUCUCCUACAGGAAUUCUGCAAGGCACUCGAGUCCUGCAGCCCGUCAGGACUGCUGCCGAGUCCCGUUGAGAAGUUCGCGUGUGCCCUCUUCUCCAUGACAAAUUACAAUCGAACAGAUGACUGCUUGUCUCUGGAUGACGAUGCGGAGGACAUCGACGCCCAUGGGUGGGAACUGCAGGUAAGUAGAUUUUUGGAGGUUUUUUUUAGUGGGGUGACAAACACCUGCUGGAACCUGAGCCGAACAGCUCAGCAGCUGCAGCGCCGAACUUCAGUAAACCAAGCUCUGUUGCGUCCGGCCUCGAAACCUGGGCUUUUCCAUCCUGAAGGUUAGACAUAGCUGCCCAAGUGCGGCCUACAGAUGGGUACUGCCCAUCAUGGUGUCCACCCUUAUUGUAGCCUGGCGCAUCGUGCGCGUGUGCGUGGCACGCGUAGACGGGUGGUUUAUUCUGUUCAGCCACUGUUCCCACGCCCACCGCCUGUCAUCUUGCCGCCGAAACAAGGUUGGUGGGAGAGGAGAGAGCGCGGUAGAUGCUGCGCAAGUCUACCAUUCUGCCACCAGGUUAUCCAGAAGCCCGGUUAAUUUAUGACGCCAGCAAGUCAGUCCAUCAACUGCACUGUCCUUACUGGGCAACUCAGGUAGUUCAGCCGUGUGCUGCACUGACCCGUAAAUCGACCCCGACAAGUUCCAAUGUCGUCUAACGUCGUCACUGACGACGGUUUUGCCACUGUUGUUAUUGUGGGACGAGAGACUUCUCCUUAAAAAGUCGUGCUAACCGUAAUCCUGGUGACUGUCGAUAGACGCGACCGGGCGAAUUCCAGGAAGCAGUUCAGAAGACGAAGAUGCGAUCACUGGAAGAAGAAAUUUAUUGGCCCGACGUUUCGGAUUCUCACUCGAACACAUCCUCAGAGACAGUCGCAGAUAAGGGUAGUGGUGGCAGAAGGAGCGCAGUAUUCAUAGCUGCCGUGAGGCUGUGUGCAUACUAUAAUUAGCAGCUCUCGCAAUCAUUGCUGAGGGUCGUAGUUGAUGCGAUAAUGGCUUGUCAGUUCGCGUCCUUGUCCUAAUGGCUGCGAUUUCGUCAUCUGUGUUGGAUGCCGGCGUGACGAAUGAUCGACAAUUUUGUCCGCUGUCACUGGGAUUGUUGCUCGCCCGUGCCCUACCCACGUGAUUAAUUCCCCUGUCCAGGGGAAAUCUCAGCGUAGGAUAUGGUAACGGGAGGUCACUACGCUUGUUGAUGGAUUACCUUGUUGAAAUACUUCUUGAGCUGGUGACCCGUUUAUAUACAAUCCAUUUGCGCCGGAUCGAUGCCAAGCCAUACCUGAGAGUACUUCUGCUACGCGUCCACUACUACUUUUUCGAAGUUCCUUGCACCGUCUACUGCCUGUGGUCGUUUUGACUGGUCCACAACUUAUCCAUUAAAAGAAACUUAUAAACGCUGAUCCCAGGUGUUGUGAUGGAAGGAGAAGUUAAAUCUAUCUCUGGGGAAGGUGGUUUAAUAAUCAAACUUGUCACACUCAUACUUGAGCGCAUCCUCGGACAUAGACAAAAGUGGGAAACGCAAGCUUUGUGUAAGUCUCUCUCGCUCACUACUGAUAGGUCCAUCAUUCUGUAUUCUCAUUGGCCCUCCUUGCACAAGUAGUGUCUGACGACCUCGUGUGGCGCUGAUAGGUCUAUCCUACGAUUGAACAAGUUGGCAUCGGAUUGCCAGGCUUCGAUUGUCUCUCUCGCCUCGGCUCGGCGGAGUACUCAGGCACUGUCGGUGCCGAAUUGAUGGUUAUUUUCGAGGCUGCGAUGUCCGCGUAGUUUCGUGUAGCCAAUUGCCUACAGCAUAAUAAUGAUCUGCGUAAUCUACAACCUGUCUUACAGACGUGCAUGGAAAUGCCCACUCCAAUCUGCGCAAACGGCGAGACGGACAUGUUCAAACCACAGGCCUGGGACCCGCUAGAUUUCUCCGACCGAUGUGAGGCCAAAUUCGGCGUUCGCCCUCGGAUGAGCUGGGCGGAUGUGAAUUUUUGGGGCAAAAACUUGCACUCACUGACCAAUGUUAUCUUCAGGUGAGAUGAGAGCUCUCCGGUGCAUUUUUUGUCGUCAGACUUGCUCAGCUGAUUGUGUUCAGUCACGGGCUGAGAUUGAUAAAACUUGAUCUCGGAUAUUUUAGAUAGGAGACCUUGUGAGAAGUCUGGUCCGAAGGGACAACCUUUAGCUCCAUCAGCCCUCAGCGGAUGGAUUGUGCCGUCGUUUUAAUUGUUACCUAAUCUUCGGUAGACCAUAGGAGAGUUAGAUUCAAGUACGUUCGACACCUUCUCCGCCGUCCGUCUCACGAGCUAAGUGUCACUGACCCCGAUCCGGCGCUGUCGUCUAUCUUGAGGCGUCGAAAAGGGGACCAACUCAUGACUGGAUGCACUUCACCAAGACAUGAAAGGGCUCUUGGACCCUCUGUAGUCGGUUGCCUUUCUGGAAGUGGUCGCAGUUCCUCACGCGUGUGGCGGCACAAUUCUCAACCUCAUCGGGGCCGGCUGGGUCGAUCAUGAUCACUGUUGCACCAAGUACUAGUGAGAUCCAGGUCUCACUGGAAAUCCGUGGGCCCAAACUGCGUCGAUAAUAAUUUGAUGCCGUCCGAACCCCAUCUGUGGGAGGUCAAAGACCUUGACGAUGAUAACGACAGAUUCUUCUUAUGAUAAAGUCCUUAGGAUAGGACCAUGUUAGGUUUAUGUUUCGUCUUGAACUGGGCCUCUGACUUAAAAUAGGAUUUCGGUUGACGCCCGCAAGGCAUAAAUGCUGUAGCCUGAGAGCUUCAGGCAACCAAAGAAUCUUGUGUAGGUCAUCGGUCAGUGCUAAACUUACUCAUAACUAGAAGGGUUAUGGCGUCGCAAACAACCGCGCUGCCGCUUUCCCGAGAUCUUGCCUGUAUAGGUUCGUAAACAAUCGGUAAGGAUGAGUUCUGUUCUGGAGAUGGCUCAGCGCUGUAUUUACCCGCGCAAUGUCAGAGUGAGUGAAAGGUAUUACAGCCCGUCUACGCGUGCCGUACACGUGCUCGUCCCAAUGUUUUAGUGGUAGUUAUACUUAAACGCAUGUGGGUGGCUGUGUUCAGGCGGUUCAUGAUUGUAAGGGUUGGCAAGUUGGAUCGACACUGCGGUAGAUUCACACACACCUUAGACCAUGCUAGUGCUCUUGGUUGGCCGACGAUCAUAUCUGUGCACGAAGGUACAGUGCACGGUACGCCAAGCGCUGCGACUUGAAAGGCUGCCAACUGCCAGGAUAACUCGGUCCUCCUCUUAAGAGAGAGAGAAUCAGGCUGCAAUAGAGCCCUUCUAAUGCGGCCGUUAUGACACUCUCACUGAAGGUGAGAUUGAGCCCCCUCCCCCCCUCCCCGCUUUCCUUUUAUGUGAAAUCCCGGUCACUUUGUGCGCGGAUCAGGAGUUGUGCUGAAACGCCUAAGCGCGGGUUCACACCAUGCCAGCCACCCGAGCCCGAAUCCGCCUGCCUUCACACCCAGACCCAGGUAAGAGAGGGAAGGAGCGAGUGCGAUGGAUGCGGCGAAAGCCCUCUAUUACUGUAAACUGAUUCACGCGCACGUCACUGUGUCUGCGCCGACCCUGCUAUGGGGCAUACGAUGGACGUAUUUGAAAACAACUAUCGGACCGUCACAUGUCAUAAAUUUGAGUGGACGCCCAACGAGUGGAGCAGAUCAGGCAUUCGUUUUUGGUAGUCGGCAAAGUAAUGUAAUCGGUGAAGGGGAUUUCGCCUGUGUGAAACCAAUUGCCGCAAUUGCCACAUCGCAUCAUCCACAACGUCUGGUAUAGUAGUCGCCGAGGGCAUACAAAGAGCACCAGUUACACCCCUGAAUGGGCCUCAGAAGUAAACCUUCACCGUGGCAACCGGCAGUUCACGUUCCCUGUCAGAUCAGACGAGAAGGUAACUCCGGUCACCUGAGAACUGACUGAAUACAAGGCGGACAUCGCCGCCCUCAGAGAAACUCGCUCUCCAACCAAGGACAGCUGAAUGAAGUAGGCGUAGGAUACGUCCUCUGGGGCGGCCAUUUUAGGGAAGGACGACCGUGUGAAGGCGAAAUUUCGAGUUCCAGGUGUAUGCAUAAGUGAUGAAGAAGAGUCGAGCACUGGUACACUUUGUUUAUUGUCCGGAGCUUUCAGACUCGUACAGGAGUCCAUUGUCAAAGGUAGCAGCAGCAGCAGCAGAACAAAAGACAGUUAUAAGGCGCGUAGGCCAAUCAUCGACCGACGGCGCAAGACUGGAGGUGUAUAAAAUCCUGGUCAGUGUGUGUUGUGGACCGGGGGAAGUGGUGGUACGCCUAGGUGCGGGUCCGGCCGUGCCAGCCACCUGCGUUUUCUUCCGCCUGUGGUAUUCUCGACUUGGUCAUGACCGGGGGUUUAGGUGGGGGAGUAGGUGAGAGUGCGUUAAAUACUGUGCAAGUCUGCCUUAACUAUAACUCACACAGAAGUCACCGUUCCUGCUCUCACCUUGCUGUGGUGCACACGGUAAACGUCGGUCGCGACGGUCAAACUGUCGGGGUGUGUGUUACUGGGCGGAUACUAAUAAGCGAGGAAAGAGCAUAAUGUUCGUUGAAAACAAUCUGCACGACCAUAUAUACUUUAUAAGUUAAUUCUAUAAUGAAUGACCAUUGUGUUGUAUCAUAAAACAAGGUAUACUGGGGACCUUAAUUUGGUUUUUCGCCAAACAGCCUCGGCCAGUCCCGAUCCCCACGUGCUAAUCUGUCUCACGCAUUACCCCUCUGGUAUCGAAGGGGUCUCUUCUUUUCUAAGCUGGAGUUUCCGUCUUUCAGUAAUGGAGACUUGGACCCCUGGUCCGCAUUCGGCGUUCUCGAGGGCAGUCAGGCUCCAAACGUGGAUAUCAUUCGCAUCGCCUUUGGAGCUCACCAUCUGGAUCUUCGAGGCAGCCACCCCAACGAUACCUCCGAGGUUCAGUACGCCAGGGCCAUGGAGAAGGUCAUAAUCGAAAAGUGGAUCCGCGAGUGGCGUUCAGCUGAGAGAACACACUUUUCGGAUCCCUGUGUAGGGUUUUGA